UCAUAUCGCAAACAUUUACCAUUUUCAAUACCUUAUAUUUACGACAGGUUUAGAUUGAUAAUGAACAAUAUGAAAUUUUUCCUAGUAUUUUUAGAAACGUCUCGAUCUUGAAGCCGUCUGCUGAACCCUAUUAUUAAUUUGUGUUUGAUCAGAUAAAAUGACAAAAAAAUGAUUUAGUAUUAUAAACUUUUUUGGGUACCCAAAGUAUUUAUAUAAAAAAGCCUUAACGUUUUCGUAGUCAAGUUUUGAACUUUAAAAUGUUCAGGUUAUUGUGUUUCCUUAUUAUCGUCAAUGUGGCAAGUGGUGCCAACAUUUUUGCCAUAUUUAGUACACCAUCUAUAAGCCAUCAAGUGGUGUUUCAGCCGAUAUGGCGAGAACUGUCUUUGCGAGGUCAUAAAGUCACUGUGGUCACUCCUAAUCCUUUGAACGAUCCGAGUUUGGCAAACCUGACAGAGAUCGACGUCAAUCAUUCGUACAGCAGUUAUUCUGUGCAAUAUCUAAUAGACAACAGUAAUCUUCUACCAGAUCACCAAAUGAGCUUAAGUGUAGAUCAUUUCGUAAAACCUAUUAUUGAAAGCCAAUUGAAUUAUUCCAACCUAAUUCAAAUCCUUAAGGAUAAUAAUUCACAUUUCGAUUUGGUAAUUUCUGAAAUGUUUUAUUAUUUCAUAAAACCUAUAUUUGAAAGCCAAUUGAAUUAUCCCGACGUUAUGAAGAUUCUUAAGGAUAAUAAUUCACAUUUUGAUUUGGUAAUAUCUGAGAUGUUUUGUGCCCCUGCAUAUGGUUUUGCAUAUAAAUUUAACGCUCCUUGGGUGGGCAUGUUGUCUUUACCUGACAUGUCCACCGCAUCUAUGGCUGUUGGGAAUCCCUUACAUCCCGUUCUAAAUCCUGACAGUAUGCUGGGAUAUGGUAGGCGUCUUUCUUUUUGGGAAAGGCUUAUAUCAACAUAUUCGCAGAUCCGCUACACUCUACGUUCCUCAUAUUGGUAA